AUGGAGCUCGGGUCCCGCCACGAUUUGUGUUGGCACUCGUCGUGUAUUUCUCGAGGAGAAGCUGAGAAAAGCGCGUUCUUCACCGCCAACCCAUCAUUCCAAUUCGCUGGGCGUGCCGCCCGUGAUUUGAGCACAAUUCAGAAAAUGACUCGAUUUUGGCCACCACAUCAGGGAUAUGGAUUGGGAGAGUUCUCGCUGGUCUACACGAUUUGUUUGAUUCUUUUCAUGAGACUAAUCGACAUGCCUACCGUAACCCAAUCAGUCGUCGGCACUCGUUACAACUCGAGAAUCUUCAACUUCAUCGCCACUCCAAUUUACACCUCCAUCAUCCCAUUCAUCCUGUUAUUCCCCAUGAUGCGUCUCUCCGAAAUGCACAUUUUCGUCUUGGCUUUGAACUUUUUGCACAUUUUGGGAUCUUGUUAUAUCGUCUAUUCGGUUUGGUACUUUUUGAAAUCUGAUAAGACGGAGGUGGAGCAGGAGAAGAAGAAAGUCGAGUAA